AUGGCGCUGUACAAUGUGACCUUGUGCGUUUGUGACCUUGUACAAUGUGACCUUGGGCAGGCCAAGGUGUUUGCGUUGCUGCAGGCCCCAGACCCCUUGCCAAAGGAGGCAGAGAUCUUCAUCGUUCUAGAAGGUUCUACGCUUGCCCAUGUCAUCAGAGCCCAGAACGAUGUCAUGCUCUGCUUCAUCGUGCCUGGUCAUAACCUGGCUGAGACUGUCUCAGUCUGUGCUUACCUCUACUCUGAGACCACACCUUUUACCUGUGUGGGAGGGUCCAGGCUCAAGUACGUCCAGGACGAUGCUCAGGAUCUGGCUGAGCACCUAGUAACCCACGGUCACCGCCUGAGCUCCAGCGACCACAGGGAGCUGAGCAGCCGCUUCUGCCUGAGCGAGGAGAGCUCUCGCUGGGCAAUGGACCGCCGUGUGGCCCUGGCCAUGGCCAACUUGGAUAUCCCCCACAGCUGGAAUGUACUGGCUAGUCCAUCUGGAGAGGAGUUGCGUCCCAGAGAAUCCCCUCUUCACUUGGCUGUGCGCUGGGGUCUGUGUUGCCUGGCUGAGCUGCUGCUGUGCCAGCCGGGAGGACUGAUGGCAGUGACUCUGCCCAACGAGGAGGGGGUCACCCCCCUGCAGCUAGCACACAACAGAGGGCACACACAGCUUCUGGAGCUACUCACACACCCCCCCAACCCCCUGGCCACGCCUCCGGCCGGUCUGUCCCAGGUGUGGGCUGUCCACUCUCAUCUGCUGAGGUUCUGUCACGACUCCGAGAACCUGACCCUGACUGUCCGGCAGAACCCACAGUGGAACCACCAGCAGAACCGACAGGCUGAUAUUCUCCUCCUAAGAGACAGACUGAGAGAUGACAACUUCCUCCGACAGAUCAAGGCCCUGAGAAGAGAGCAGUCAGAGACCGCACUGGAGAAAGAAGAACUAGUGGAUGAACCAGGAGAGGAUGGUACUUUAGUUUUUGGGUGUAUCCCAAAUGGCACCCUAUUCCCUAUAUACUGCACUAAGGAUGCAUCAUUAGUCUUUGUCUGUGUGAUUUGAUCAAUCCAUGCAGUCCAAAGCGCUUAUUCUAGC